AUGAAGGUGUCAUUCUCUAUGGCUGCGCUGCUGGCAGCAAGCCUGUCCCAGGCCCAGUAUCUUAUCAGUGAGCUUAGUUUUGGCCAUGCUGGAAGAAUAAGCCCUCCCGAAGCUCGUGGGCAGAUCCCCAACUUUGCAAUCCAAGGCAACCCGAACCCUCCCGAGGUUCUUUCAAACCGAAUCAUCCUGACUCCUAUCGCUCCUGGUAACCAGCGCGGUUCCGUUUGGGGCCAGCAGCCUCUGCUCCGUACCCAAUGGAUCGCCGACGUCGACUUCCGAGCCAACGGCCCCGAUCGCGGCCGUGGUAACCUCAACAUCUGGCUUGUUCGCAACGGCCCUGCUACGAUCGGUUCUGGAAGCAUCUACACUGUUGGAAAGUUUGACGGUCUGGCUCUGGUUAUCGAUACCUCUGGUGGUUCAAGCGGUAUGGUUCGAGGUUUUCUUAACGAUGGAAACACCGAUUAUGCUAGAAAGAGCAACGUCGAUGAGCUCUCGUUCGGACAUUGUCCUUACAACUACCGCAACCUCGGUCGACCUUCGCAGAUCAAGCUCCGACAGAACGCCAAGACAUUCAGUGUUGAGGUGGAUGGCAAGCUGUGCUUUGAGUCGGAUAAGAUCAGUAUUCCUUCUGGCUACCAAUUCGGUGUCACCGCUGCAACCCCCGAUAACCCCGACUCCUUCGAGGUCUUUAAGAUGGUUGUCAUGGCCGAUAACAGCGAUAGCGGUGCUGUUCCUCCCAAGCAGCAGAACCAGAACCAGAACCAGGCCCGCGGCCAACCUGCCAAGGACAACUCAAACAACAACAAUAACAAGAGGAACGACGGCGAGUAUGUAGACGAGGACCCCGAUAUCUUCCAGAGCUCCAAGUCUCAGUUCAUGGACCUACACAACCGUCUACAAAACACCAACCACCAACUCGCCUCCCUGCAGCGCACCUCCUCCCGCCACCAGCAGCAAGACGAGAAGCGCCACGACGACCUGACUUCUCUUAUCGGCCAGCUCCGUGGCGAUAUGCGCAAGCUUGACGACAUUACCGCUUUGCAGAGCCGUAUCAUGGAGCUUGAGAAGGAUGUCCAGGGCCUUCGAAAGGAGCUCACCCGCAAGCUUCAGUCCACUGAGCGCACCUUCAAGGACACCCUCAAUGACCACCACUCCUCUCUGUCAGAAACGGUUAUGGCCAAGACCCCUGGCCAUCGUUUCCUCAUAUUCUCCAUCAUCGGCACUCAGUGCCUUCUUGUUGCUGCCUACGUUAUCUAUAAGAGACGGCGCGCAUCCAUGCCCAAGAAGUACCUGUAA